UUGGAUUAUUAAUUCUGGGAUUUUCUUUUAUUUUUUUAAUCUUCUCAGUUAGUGGCAUUGCCACUUUAUAUCUUUAGCAGAGACUGACUUUUCACUGUUUCUUUGCUUUGCUUUCUUUCUUUAUUCCCACCAUUGUUGUGGCAUCAUAUUCUCAAGCCUCAUUCAGUUUAGCUUCUUUUCACACCCCGUAAUGGAGACUCGGUUUCUCCUCCUCCCUCUCUCUUUCUUCAUCCUCCUUUUCUUGGAUGUGUCCUCAGCCCAGAUGCCAGGUUUUGUUAGUUUUGACUGUGGAGGUCAAGAAAACUUCACAGAUGGCCUCGGCCUUCAGUGGACUCCUGACAGUCACCUUAUUUAUGGAGAAACAGCUGACAUAUCUGUUGCAAAUGAGACACGCAAGCAAUACAUGACCCUAAGACACUUUCCAGCUGAUUCCAGGAAGUAUUGUUACACACUUAAUGUCAUAAGUAGAACUAGGUACCUUGUAAGAGCAACAUUCUUGUAUGGUAACUUUGACAGCAACAAUGUUUAUCCAAAAUUUGACAUUUCCCUCGGUGCGACUCCUUGGUCUACAAUAGUCAUUUCAGAUGCUAGCACAAUAGAAGUCCGAGAGUUGAUAUUCCUGGCUUCAAGUCCUGCUAUCAGUGUGUGCUUAUCCAAUGCUACUACGGGGCAGCCAUUUAUAUCUACUCUUGAGCUUCGACAAUUUAAUGGUUCAAUUUACUACACAGAAUUUGAGGAGCAGUAUUACCUCAGUGUCUCUGCCAGGAUCAACUUUGGUGCUGACACUGAAGCUCCCGUCAGGUAUCCUGACGACCCUUUCGAUAGAAUAUGGGAGUCAGACACUCUGAAGAAAGCAAAUUACCUUGUCGAUGUUGCUGCUGGAACCAAAAAAGUGUCAACCAAAAUGCCAAUUGAUGUUAACAGUGAUGACAAUCCACCUGAAAAAGUGAUGCAGACUGCUGUAGUUGGUACAAAUGGAUCAUUAACAUACCGGUUGAACUUGGAUGGCUUUCCUGGUUUUGGAUGGGCAUACUGCUACUUUGCAGAAAUUGAAGAUUUGGGUUCAGACGAGUCUCGAAAAUUCAGACUGAUACUCCCAGGCAACACUGAUAUCAGCAAGGCUGUAGUCAAUAUCGAAGAGAAUGCUCAUGGCAAAUAUCGUCUUUAUGAGCCUGGAUAUACAAAUUUAUCCCUUCCCUUUGUACUAUCAUUCAGAUUUGGGAAAACAUCUGAUUCUUCGAUGGGGCCUCUUUUGAAUGCUAUGGAAAUUAAUAAGUAUCUGGAGAAAAAUGGUGGUUCUUUAGACGGAACAGUUAUUGGAAACAUGGUUUCAUACUACUCAUCAGCAGACUGGGCUCAAGAAGGCGGUGACCCAUGUCUACCAGUUCCCUGGUCGUGGGUGCAGUGUGACUCAGAUCCACAGCCAAAGAUUACUAAAAUUUCAUUGUCUAGAAAGAACUUGACAGGGAGUAUCUCUUCGGACUUGACAAAGUUGACUGGUUUAGUUGAGUUGUGGCUUGAUGGUAAUUUACUUACCGGUCCAAUACCUGAUUUUUCUGGAUGCACGGACUUGAAAAUCAUUCAUCUAGAGAAUAAUCAAUUGACGGGUGGGCUGCCUUCCUCUUUGAUAAGUCUACCAAAUUUGAGGGAACUGUAUGUGCAAGACAAUAUGUUGUCCGGAACUAUACCCUCAGGCCUUCUCAAUAAAGACUUGGUUUUCAACUACACUGGGAACAUCAAUCUUCAAAAAGGGAACAAAAAAGGAAGCCACAUCACCAUAAUUAUUGGAUCAUCUGUUGGGGCUGCCGUUCUGCUCAUAGGUACUAUUGUGUCAUGCCUAUUCAUGAGCAAAGGGAAGAAAAAGUAUUCUGAGCGAGACCAACUUGAACAUGCCCUGCCCGUUGGAAGGCUAGUUUCCAAGACUGAUGCUCCCACAGAAGCCGCACAGUGCUUCACUUUCUGUGAAAUUGAAGAUGCUACCAGAAAAUUUGAGAAGAAAAUUGGUUCAGGAGGAUUUGGAGUUGUAUUUUAUGGCAAAAUGAAAGAUGGAAAAGAAAUUGCAGUUAAAGUUUUAAGCAGCAAUUCCUAUCAAGGAAAGCGAGAAUUUUCUAAUGAGGUGACUCUUCUUUCAAGGAUACAUCACCGGAACCUGGUACAGUUUCUUGGGUAUUGCCAAGAAGGAGAUAGAUGCAUGCUUGUUUAUGAGUUCAUGCAUAAUGGAACUCUCAAGGAACAUCUUUAUGGCCCUCUAACGCAUGAACACAGUAUCCCUUGGAUCAAGCGACUUGAAGUUGCUGAGGAUGCUGCAAAAGGGAUUGAAUACCUUCAUACAGGCUGUGUUCCAGCAAUUAUUCAUAGAGACUUGAAAAGCAGUAAUAUUCUUCUUGAUAAACACAUGAAAGCAAAGGUUUCAGAUUUUGGUCUUUCAAAACUUGCCGUGGAUGGAGCCUCUCAUGUGUCAAGCAUAGUGCGGGGCACUGUAGGUUAUCUGGAUCCUGAGUAUUAUAUCUCACAGCAGUUGACGGACAAGAGUGAUAUCUAUAGUUUUGGUGUCAUUCUUCUCGAACUGAUAUCUGGCCAAGAAGCAAUAUCUAAUGAAAGCUUUGGCAUUAAUUGCCGGAACAUAGUCCAGUGGGCAAAGUUACACAUCGAGAGUGGGGACAUUCAAGGAAUCAUUGAUCCGUCACUUAAUCAUGAAUUUGACAUCCAAUCAAUGUGGAAGAUUGCAGAGAAAGCUCUGAUGUGUGUCCAACCACACGGACACAUGAGACCAUCAAUUUCAGAAGUUCUCAAGGAGAUACAAGAUGCAAUCGUGAUUGAGAAGGAAGCAAUGUCUGUAAGAGAAGGCAACUCAGAUGAUAUAUCUAGGAACUCUCUUCAUUCUUCCUUGAAUAUGGGUCUUUUGGAUAUGGGUGGUGCCGAUAAUUACCUUACAUUUGAUGAAUCCAUCACACGGCCUUCUGCACGAUAGUCCUCAUUAAUCAUGUAUGUACAAACACAUAAGGCCUCCUUUUUUUUUUUUUUUUGUGAUAAAAGGUGAAAAAAAUCAUAUUCUUUGUUACAGGGAGCUCAUGAUUUUGCAGUCUUUCUCCUCAAGUUUUGAACAUGCUGUAGUGGUGGUUUUUACUGAGUGUCAAUAUCUAGUUCUGGUGGAUUUGAAAAA